UGGCCUGGGCUCCUCCGUCGCAGCCCCAGCCGCCCCACCGUGCUCCCUCGGGACCUCCGCCUUGCCGGGGGGAGCAGGACCCCACUCAGUCUGGCGUGGUGGCUAGUGGCCCGUCUCCCACCAGGGUGACCCUUGGCAGGAGGCCCAGCAUGGGCGGCCACUGCCUGGCCGCGGCCCCGUCCACCAUAAAAGGGGCCGAGCGGGCACGGGGCAGCAGCGCAGGCAGAGCCCGGGCACCGCACACGGCCACCGCCGCUGCCGCCAUGGGAAGCUUCGGCGGCUGCCUCCUGCUCGCCCUGGCCCUGCUCAGCCCCUGUGCCACUGCUGCCAGGAAGUGCAACCUGCAGGGCCUGUGGAGGAACGAGCUAGGCUCCAACAUGACCCUCUCAGCUCUGGACGCAGCUGGGACCUUCUCGGGCUCCUACCACACCGCUGUGGCGGCCACCAACAAGCAGAUCCUGGUGUCACCCCUGCAAGGGGCCCAGCAGCACCCCAGUGCCAAGGGGCAGCCCACCUUCGGCUUCACCGUGCAGUGGCAGUUCGCAGACUCCACCACCGCCUUUGUGGGCCAGUGCUUUGUGGACCGCCGUGGGAAGGAGACACUGGAAACCACAUGGCUUUUGUGGGAAGAGGUCCCAUCCCGCAGGGACGCCUGGAAAGCCACCAGAGUCGGCACCUCCAUCUUCACCCGCAUCAAGUGAUGGGGAUGGGGAGUGGAGCUGCCUGCACCCUGCUGUCUCACCUGCAUCCCCGGGGCUGUGUGCUGCCCCGGUACCUGGCUGGCAUCCCGCCUGGUCCCAGGAUUCUGGCCAGGAAACACACCCUCACCUUGCCCUGCUUCCUCCCAGUGCCUCCCAGUGCCUCCCAGGAGCCUGCUGGUGGGGCCUCCCCUUCUCAAAGCUUGCUGCCCCCACACAUGGUGCCGAAUAAACC